AUUUCCGGGUGAGAGAAGAGAGGAAGUCGGGGAGUCGUCCCGGGGUGGAAGUCAGGACAGGGUGCGGGGAGGCUGGUAAUCCUUGCGGGGGGAAAAAACAUGCGAAGCACAAGAAACGUGAGUGCAAAGGCUUUCAGAUAAACUUCUGUGAAAAAGCACAAAGUAAGCGCAGAGCACUGAAGCUGAACUUCGCAAAUCCACCUUUCAAAUCCACAACAAAAUUUACUCUGAACCCAACUGGAGUUCCUUUUCAGAAUCCACACAUUGAUACACAAGCAACAAUGGGUAGUAAUCACAUUGCCCCGUUCACUUUCAAAAGGAGAGAAGCGGAGAUGAUCGUGAAACUUUCCAGCAGGCUACAAGAGAGACUGAGAACACACAGCAUUGAAUCAUCAGGAAAAUUGAAGAUUUCUCCUGAACAGCAUUGGGAUUUUACUGCAGAGGACUUGAAAGACCUUGGAGAAAUUGGACGAGGCGCGUAUGGUUCUGUCAACAAAAUGGUCCACAAACCAAGUGGGCAAAUUAUGGCUGUUAAAAGAAUUCGGUCAACGGUGGAUGAAAAGGAACAAAAACAGCUUUUGAUGGAUUUGGAUGUAGUUAUGCGAAGUAGUGACUGCCCAUAUAUUGUUCAGUUUUAUGGUGCACUCUUUAGAGAGGGUGACUGUUGGAUCUGUAUGGAGCUCAUGUCUACCUCGUUUGAUAAAUUUUACAAAUAUGUAUAUAGUGUAUUAGAUGACGUUAUUCCAGAAGAAAUUUUAGGCAAAAUCACUUUAGCUACUGUGAAAGCACUAAACCACUUAAAAGAGAACUUGAAAAUCAUUCACAGAGAUAUUAAACCUUCCAAUAUUCUUCUGGACAGAAAUGGAAAUAUCAAACUCUGUGAUUUUGGCAUCAGCGGACAACUUGUAGACUCCAUUGCCAAAACGAGAGAUGCUGGAUGUCGACCUUACAUGGCACCGGAGAGGAUAGAUCCCAGCGCAUCCAGGCAAGGAUAUGAUGUACGCUCUGAUGUCUGGAGCUUAGGGAUUACAUUGUAUGAACUGGCCACAGGACGGUUCCCCUAUCCAAAAUGGAACAGUGUAUUUGAUCAGCUAACACAAGUAGUCAAGGGAGACCCACCACAGCUGAGUAACUCAGAGGAACGGGAAUUCUCUCAAAGUUUCAUUAACUUUGUCAACUUGUGCCUUACAAAGGAUGAGUCCAAAAGGCCAAAGUAUAAGGAGCUUCUGAAACAUCCCUUCAUCCUAAUGUAUGAGGAGCGAACAGUGGAUGUUGCAAGCUAUGUUUGUAAAAUCCUGGAUCAAAUGCCAGCAACUCCCAGCUCUCCAAUGUAUGUCGAUUGAUACUGCUGCUACAUCAAAACUCUAGAGCAAGUGCUGAGAGAAAGCAAGAUGUACAGAAUCUUCAUCCCAUAUUGCAGUGUUUUAACUCGCCCAGACACCAUGUGCGAUAAUGUUGGUGUUUUUCUUUCAUUCUGUCUGUAUAUUAUUGUCACUUACAAAGUGCAUCCCUGAUCACACAGUGUUAGUGUCGGUCAAAGAGAGACCUCAUUUGCUCUUUUUGUGGACAUAUUCAUGAAAUGUGGAAACAAAUGACAUUUAUUUGUUGACCAUGAUUGAAUAGCUCCUAAAGUUAAUUUCUGGACUUGGAGACUUUUCAGCACUACUGGAAUUAUUUUUAUUCUCUCAGACUCUUCCAAUUCUUGUUACAUAUAAUUUAAAAGAAAGGAUGUUAUGCAUUGUCUGACUAAAAUAUAAGGAGACUUUGCAUGGGAAGAAGAACUCGUGCAGCCAAACGAGCUGCAUUUUAUGUUCUGGAACUAGCAAAUAGUGCAAUAGACUAAUCUGAAAUUCCGUUGCUUUGUGGUCCCAGUGUGUGUUUUGAGAACAGUGUGGCUCAGCAGAACUUCAUGUUGGGGGGAAGUGAUCAUAUAAAUGGAUUAUGUCUUUACCAAAAUCUGCAUUGCAUUGAAAGAGGCUAACAAUUAAAACUUUUAAGAGAUGGAGAAUAAUGUAUUAUUUCCAAGCAAGCCACUCUUUAGUAGUACUAGAUGUCCUAUAAAUUGUUACCUGGUGAGAUAAAAUUUUGAUCGGAAGAUUUAUUAAACUGCUCAGUUGAACUUAACUGGCUUGUGAGCCGUAAUUUCUAACUACUAUGCUUGUUAGGUGACUGAACUUCUAAAAGGGCACCGGAGAGCUUGCAGCUGAGCUGCAUUAUUCCUUAAACAUUUGUAAGUCAUCUCUGCCCACCAGGCCCAGCUCUCCAGAGUCCUAAUAUAGGACCUUCCCACAGAGCUCCAUGUAUGACUUGGAAUCUGUGAUUAUCUACUAUCAUAUCAAAAAUACUUCUAUCUCCUGCUGUUGGAUUGCUCAGGCCCCAAAAUUACUGCAGAAAAGCUAACAAAUAUGCUUUAUUGUAGAAAGAGUCUGAAAUCUGAUAAAAGUACUGUUUUUAUGAGAAAGUUUUUUUUAAAGCAGUUAAUUAUGAGGAUUAGAAUGUUCAGAUUCUUCCAACUAUUUGAUAUAAAAAGGAAGUCUAGAGAAAGUAUCAUCCCCCCAUUUAUAAAAUAAUUCCUAUUAUUUUGUCCCCUAAUCUGCAGCAGGUGAAACUGGUUCCUUAGUUAUGGAGGGAAAAUGAUAUUUUCAGACCUGUAGCUAUUUAGAAUUCCAGUAGACAAUCCCUUUUACACAUGUAACAAGGAGGAGAAUUGUGAGUGAGCUGUCACAAGAUUUCUUUGCUUUGCCAGUUCAUUUAAUCAAUCUCCUCCUGGUUUACCAGCUGAUUAAUAAGCUCUUCUUACAAAAAAGUCGUUUGGAUAAGAACACAGUCAUCACUAAAUGGCUUUAAAAUCUAAAGCAGCAUCAGAAUGGGAACUAGCUGGGAUUCUGCUUCUGCUAAGUUUGGGGAAAUGAUCAGCCUUGCUUAAGAGCCUUCCAGCUGCACAUGCCUCCCAUUCUGUCUCUGCAAUUGCCCCUUGUCCCUGUCAGAAGUUGGACAGCCAUCGUCCUCUCCUUCUCCUGCUCUGCUUCUAUGUAUUUUAACAGAACACUUCCUUACAGUUAAUCAGGAAAUGGCGGCAGCAUCCAAUUCAGGCUCAGUGAAUGAGAGACAAACGGUUUUAGCAUAUUAAUCAUAGAUUGUUAUAAUAUACUAUUAAGGGUGCAGCAUUUAUAUUACAGUGUAUGUUUAUAAGAUGUAUAGUGUUCAGAAGCUGUGAAAAUAGUGUAAGAACUGUACAUUGUGAGCUCGUUACUUUUUUUCUUUCUUGUACCAUAGGAAAAAAAAUGUAUAAAAUUUUAUUGAGAAGCUGAUGUGCAGGGAUAUUGCCUUAUUGUCUGUAAGUAAAAUGGAGUUCGACAAUAUAAUGGCUUCUAAGAGCUUCCAGCUAUUUUAUCCUUUCCUGACUUAUUUCUCUUCUAUUUAAAAUAUUUUACAUGGAAUCGAAGUGUUAAUGUAAUAGUUCUAUUUUCCCCCCACCUGCAGGUCAGUUGUAAUAAAUCAAGGAUGCAACUGUGA